AUGAGCAUGAAACGCAUCAUCAGACACAAUCCCGCGAAGACAACGCCAUCGUCGUCGUCCUCCUCCCCAAAGAAACCCAUCCCCUUCCUCGCCGACCUCAAGGCCACCGACGACCCCGCCGACGCUCUCCGUCUCCUCCUGCAUGCCCCUCCCCACCUCCACGACUACCCUGCCUGCGCUUCUCUCCUACACCGCCUCGCCCGCUCCCGUCUCUUCCCCCUCGUCGACUCCCUUCUCCUCUUCAUCCGAUCCAAUCGCAUCCCCUGCAAAGAAUCUAUCUUCAACUCACUCAUUCACCACUUUGGUAAAGCUCGUCUUCCCGACAAAGCUCUCAACCUCUUCCUCUCCAUCCCCUCCUUCAACUGCUCCCCUUCCUCACCCUCCCGCCAAACCCUCAACUUUUUACUCAACGCCCUUGUCGACAAUGACGCCCUCCACGAGGCCGAGUCUUAUCUGGCACGCUGCAAAGAAUGGAAUCUCCGCCCCAAUGUGGUCUCCUACAACAUAGUCCUCAAGGGGAGGUGUCAAAAAUACGGUUUUGAAAACGCUCGUCACCUGCUCGACGAAAUGCGCAAGAGAAGGGUGCGGCCUUCGGUUGUGUCUUAUAACAUAUUGAUCGGGUUUAUGAGCAGGAAUGGGUGUUUAGAUGGUGCUAUGAGAUUGAAGGAAGAGAUGGUGAGCAAGGGAACGCACCCGAAUGCUGUCACUUUUGCAUUGCUUAUGGAAGGCUUGUGCAGGGAGGGGAAGUUUAAUGAGGCGAAGAAGAUGAUGUUUGACAUGGAGUAUCAAGGUUGUAAGACUAGGCUUGUGAAUUAUGGAGUUUUGAUGAGUGAUUGUGGGAGGAGAGGUGAUUUGGAUGGCAUGAACAAGGUGUUUGUGGAAAUGACUAGGAGGAGGUUGAGGCCGGAUGUUGUGACUUACAAUAUCUUGAUAAACUACUUGUGCGCUCAUGGCAGGGUUGAUGAUGCAUACAAGGUGUUUGUUGAGAUGCAGUUGAAGGGAUGUGAACCCAGUGCGGCGACGUACCGGAUGAUGGUUGAUGGGUUUUGCAUAGCCAGGGAUUUUGACAAAGGGUUGAGAGUUUUGAGCACAAUGCUGUGUGGCAAGCAUUGUGUUAAAGAGGAGUCUUUUGAGGCUUUGAUUGUGGGGCUGUGUGAGGGUGGGAAAGUGGAUGAUGCUUGUUUUGUUUUGGAGGCAAUGGAGAAGAGGAGGUUGGUGUUGGGGUUUCAAGGCUGGAGUGCUUUGGUUGUGGGCUCUUGUUUACAUGCUGGCAAGGAAAUUGAGUUGCCAAUUUGCAUGUGA